CUCCAUCUCAUUUUGGGCGGGAAAGUGUACCAGAAAAAACCUCAAGAGAAGAGUGAGAGAAGAAACUACGAUCGAGAGACUUAGAGAUAUGGCGGCAGAAGAAGGUAAAGAGGAAUCGGGAUUGGAUCAGGUAGAAGAAGAGUUCUCUGUUUGGAAAAGGAACACACCUUUUCUCUACGAUCUUAUGAUCUCUCACCCGCUCGAAUGGCCAUCUCUAACUCUUCACUGGGUACCUUCUACGCCGAUUCCGUACGCGAAAGAUCCGUCCUUCGCCGUCCAUAAGCUCAUCCUCGGUACUCACACCUCCGGUGGAGCUCCGGAUUUUUUAAUGGUCGCCGAUGUCGUUAUUCCCACACCUGACGCUGAACCAGGAUUAGGAGGAAGAGAUCAAGAUCCUGUCGUCCCUAAGGUGGAGAUUAAGCAAAAGAUACGUGUUGAUGGAGAAGUGAACAGAGCUCGGUGUAUGCCACAAAAGCCAACUCUUGUUGGUGCUAAAACAAGUGGGUCUGAGGUGUUUCUCUUUGAUUACGCCAGACUCUCUGCAAAGCCCCAAACUAGUGAGUGCGAUCCUGAUCUGAGGCUAAUGGGACAUGAAGAGGAAGGUUAUGGAUUGGCUUGGAGCUCCUUCAAGGAAGGUUAUCUUUUGAGUGGCUCACAAGAUCAGAAAAUCUGCCUCUGGGAUGUCUCAGCUACUGCCAACGAUAAGGUUUUGAACCCAAUGCAUGUAUAUGAGGGACAUCAAAGCAGCAUCGAAGAUGUAGCAUGGCACAUGAAGAAUGAGAACAUAUUUGGCUCUGCGGGUGAUGAUUGUCAAUUGGUGAUAUGGGACUUACGGACAAACCAAAUGCAACACCAAGUCAAAGUUCAUGAGAGAGAGAUAAACUAUCUUUCUUUCAAUCCCUUUAAUGAAUGGGUAUUAGCCACAGCUUCCUCAGAUUCGACUGUCGCCUUGUUUGACCUCCGUAAGCUGACUGCACCAUUACAUGUCCUGAGCAGACACGAGGGAGAAGUUUUUCAAGUGGAGUGGGAUCCCAACCAUGAAACAGUGCUUGCAUCUUCUGGUGAGGACCGAAGACUCAUGGUCUGGGAUAUCAACAGGGUCGGGGAUGAGCAGCUUGAAAUAGAGUUGGAUGCAGAAGAUGGUCCACCUGAGUUGCUCUUCUCUCAUGGAGGCCACAAGGCCAAGAUAUCAGACUUUGCCUGGAACAAGGACGAGCCUUGGGUCAUCUCAAGUGUAGCUGAAGACAACAGUCUUCAAGUCUGGCAAAUGGCGGAAAGCAUCUACCGCGAAGAUGAUGAGGAUGAUGAUGAAGAAGGCAACCAAAAUGCACAACAUUCCAAUGAAAACCAGAAAUGAUUCGGAUCUUUUGGUGGAUGAUGGUGACAUAUAACUGUUGUUGUUAACGUGUUUGGGCCAAUAUAUAUUAAAUAAGUUUGGUGUAUGCACUACCCUAAUACUGAAAAAUCGUUUUUUCCAGGACAUGA